GACACAAAACGGUUUCUUUACAAUACAGUUUACCGAACUUAAGUAUUAUUGUUUAAAGAUCAGCGAAAUUAAAACAGAGAAGUUUUAUAAAUUAAAAUGUCUUACAGCAUGGUUUCUAAUCAAGAAAAGUUUACGACUCAUUUUGAGGAGGCGUCACCGGAGAAACUUUACAAUUAAGACCCUCUCUACUCUGAACCGUUUGAUGCAGCAAAGCUUAGUGACUUGGUGACUUGCGACCGACUCACUUUUAGAUAGUAUAAAGCACCACUAAACUUUCCUAACGAACCGAAACUUCAAAAGAUGCUCAUUGAUUGUUUACAUUAGAUCCGCCACUACAUUGUUUAUGUUAGUUCUCGCGUGCACAUUCAGCUGAAAAUGGAAACCCCAGCUUGGCCAACUGAUACUCUUUCUGCGCAUACUUGCACGAAAUUUACAACUGGAGAAGAGCAACAGCUCAACACAAACUAGACUUUCUGCUACGAUAACAAUCUCAGCCUCAUUUUCUUGGGUGGUAAAAGGUUUGAGGUUGUGCUCGCAAUUAUAAUUUAAACUAUUUUGUGUUGUAAUAACAGGAAUUUGCUGGCUCUGUCACGCAAUAUUCGCGUCUUAUCUUGGCGGUGAAAUUACCGAACCGAUUCAGUUCGAUUUGGUUUCAUUUGUGUUAGCAGACCGGUCAUCCGACUAGUCGUGCCAAUUAACAAUUUCCACACAAGAGCUAGCCUGCGAACAGGCUACCGGCGAGGACGGAAAAAAAUUCGGCGAGCAAAGCGAGCCGACGAGCGCGAAACUGAAGAACUCGGACGAGCCUGUUCGCAGGCUACACAAGCGCUUUGUUACACUUACACAUGAACAGACCAUCAUUUGUAGGCAGUUAUAUGCAGGUCACGUGGUGGGCUCUCGGAAAAAAAUGCAUCGAAUUAUAAUUACAGCUAUAUCAUAACUGAUAUCACAUCGAUCGGUUAAAGCAACAUUUCCAUAGAGGGUGACAUCAACUGCUUCCUUUAGUUGAAAAUGUUGCCCUUCUUGAAUGGGUAAAGUGACUUAAAAGUUUUUAGCGCCUCCUAUUAAAAGACUUUGGUCAAAUCAAACUUAAUUGAGUUCAGAACUUACUUGUCUUAUUUGGCUGAACAUUUCGGGAGGUGAAGCGUCAGGGAUUUAUUAACUUGCUGUAAGGAGUCUCUUAGAGGAGCUUAGAUGAUCAAUUUCCUCAUUUAUGUCUUUUUGCUCCUUGUCAUAAUUACAGUCUUUCCGCAACUUAUGUCAUUGGUCACUCAAACUAAUCUUAAAAGUUGGAAUUCUUUUAACUAAUGUAGACGGUCAGAAUGACCUCUCAGUUAAGGUUACUUUAACUGUUUCAUUUAGUUGAAAUUUUUAGAAUGGUCAAAACGACAAUUAAAAUUAGUUACGACUAUUUUAAAUAGUUAUUUUAACUAGUCAGUUUUUACAGUGUAAACAAAAUCAUGCAACUCUAAACUGUCCACUAGUUUAUUUACACAUUUAGACAGUGUGGCCAUAGUGGAGCACUUCUGUAUUGGUACUUCACCGAAGUACCAAUAUGCCAAGUGACCACGUUGUCGUAUACAAUAACAGUUCUCAAUCUCUGUAAAUGGUGGUUUUAAGAAUUCGGAGCUCAGUAAAUUUCUGCCUCUAAACCCUUCGAUCUUAGAGAAAAUAUACAUAAAUAUAUGUCAAUAAUCAAACAUCUUGGUGCCUAAUGAUUUUUUUCCCACUGCAUUAAUUCUCCAGCUAACUCCAUAGAAUGUUGUUCUUUUAAAACCAGGCAGCAAGAGGACAUCCGGAUUUGAGGUCUACACUUGACACCAUAGAAGUGAAGUCCUUAGCUGUAAAGUUGCUGCUACCUUGCAUUAUAAUCUUGGUAGUGGUAUUAUGGCAAUUCCAAAUAGAGCUCAAGCCUAAUGUACUGAAAACAACCAUGAAAAAAGCACGGAGGGAAAAUACGACUUACACAUCCCAAAACAAAGCACAAUUUGAAAAACCUACCAUGAAAGAAGUACAGAGUGGAACAGCGAGUAAAACAUCGCAGAAUAACACGAAGUCUUGGCUCAUCGUUUACUAUUCGACGUUUUUUGGGGCACGCCUCAAUCUUCACGAGAAGUGGAGCAAAGGGGAGUGUCCCGUAUCAUGUGAGAUAACAAGUGAUCUAUCUCGAGCAAGUGAAGCGGAUGGCAUUGUUAUCCAUGGUAGGGACGCACAAAUGACUCCUCCUGUGAAAUCUGUGCCGUGGAUUCUACAAAUACAAGAAAAUCCGGUGUACACCCUGCCAUUAAGGAACUCCAACUUCAUGUCCAAAUUCAAUUUGCUGAAAAGCUAUCGCUUGGAUUCGGAUUUUCCUAAUCCUACUGUUCUGUUGCCGAAGUUAACACCACCAAUUCCUUUCAAGAAUAAAACUGGGCUUGUUAUGGCAGCAUUCUCAAAUUGCGAGCCAGUUCGAAAGGAAUACAUGAGGCAGCUGAUGAAGUUUGUGCAGGUUGAUUCUUAUGGAGGUUGCCUUCAUAACAAAAACGGUCUGACGGCAAGAUAUCGUAAUCAAAAUGGCAAAGAUUUUAGAGAUAUAAAAUCUGACCUGGCCAGACAAUAUAAGUUUACUCUGGUGUUUUUUAACCAAGACUGCGAUUAUUUCGUAGAUGCUCAACUCCAUCAUGCAUGGAAUGCUGGCUCGAUUCCUGUAGUCAUGGCUACAGACAAGCUUGACGAGUUCCUGCCUGGUCCAUACCUUAAUCAUUCUGUCAUAAAAGUCCGUGAUUUUGCAACACCGCAACUUCUUGCCGAUUACCUGAAGUAUCUUAGCAAUAAUGAGACUGAGUAUAAUAAAUAUCUGGAAUGGAAGUGGAAAGGAUAUGGUGACAUCACUGGAACCGCUAUUGGAGAUUACUGGAUGCCAAAGUAUCCAAUUUAUUGCAAAGUCUGUGUUGCGCUUGCAGAAGGACGAAUACACAAGGAUGGUCUGAAACCAAUACCCUGCAAAGCGAGGCAAUUUUCAGAUUGGAAAAUAACAAAAGGGGCCUAACUUUUUAGUUUUAACCUGUGAGGACUUGCAAAGGGUUAGGGUUAGGGUUACGGUUAGGAUUAGGGUUAGGGUCUAGUAUGGCAAGCCG